GGUUUGUAGCCAGGCUGGUACAGCAACUCCAGAGGGAGGACAUGAAGAGAGUCACCCUGUUUGUUAAUGGCAGCCCCAGAAAUGGGAAGGUUGUGGCUGUUUAUGGAACACUGUCUGAUUUGCUUUCUGUCGCAAGUAAUAAGCUUGGAAUAAAAGCAACCAGUGUCUACAAUGGAAGAGGUGGACUUAUUGAUGACAUUGCCUUAAUUAGAGAUGAUGACGUUCUUUUUGUAUGUGAAGAUGAACCCUUCAUUGAUCCCCAGAAUGACAUCAACACUCUAGAAACAUUAACAGGAUCUCAUUCAGACUGGAUAACACUCAAUGUAGGAGGACGGUACUUCACAACUACCCGGAGCACUUUGGUUAGUAAAGAACCUGAGAGCAUGCUGGCUCACAUGUUUAAAGAUAAAGAUGCUUGGGGAAACAAGAGAGAUCACAGCGGAGCUUUUCUGAUUGACCGAAGUCCGGAGUACUUUGAACCGAUCUUAAACUAUUUGCGACAUGGACAACUAAUUGUGAACGAUGGCAUUAAUUUGUUAGGUAUCUUAGAGGAAGCGAGGUUCUUUGGAAUUGACUCACUAAUUGAACACCUUGAACUAGCAAUUAAGAAUUCCCAACCUGCAGAAGACCACUCCCCGAUUUCCCGAAAGGAAUUUGUCAGGUUCCUCCUUGCAACCUCAACCAAGUCUGAGCUACGCUGUCAGGGGUUAAAUUUUAGCGGAGCAGACCUCUCCCGUUUAGAUCUCCGGUACAUCAACUUCAAGAUGGCCAACUUGAGCCGAUGCAACCUGGCCCAUGCGAACCUCUGCUGCGCAAAUCUUGAGCGGGCUGAUCUCUCCGGAUCUGUUCUAGAUUAUGCCAACCUCCAAGGUGUAAAGAUGUUGUGCUCAAAUGCAGAGGGAGCAUCCUUGAAAAGCUGCAAUUUUGAAGACCCUUCUGGCCUUAAAGCUAAUUUGGAAGGUGCUAACUUGAAAGGGGUUGAUAUGGAAGGAAGUCAGAUGACUGGCAUCAAUCUCCGAGUUGCAACUCUAAAGAACGCAAAGUUGAAAAACUGCAACUUGAGAGGAGCAACCUUGGCAGGAACUGAUUUGGAGAACUGUGACCUGUCAGGCUGUGAUCUACAAGAGGCCAACCUGAGAGGGUCAAAUGUCAAAGGAGCCAUCUUUGAAGAGAUGCUGACACCAUUGCACAUGUCUCAGAGCGUCAGAUAGGUUGCCUGCUGAAGACUCUUGGUGCUCAAUUAGGGAAUAACGUUCCUUCCACAGCAUGCCUUUCUCAGGGGUAUCCGAGAAGCUGCUGCUGGAUGGAGAGAAGGACCUUCUCUUGUCUUAGGUAUAGGAAUAGCUAUUGAAUCCAGUUGGGACAAGAAGCUUGCUCAUAACUCCCAAAGACAUUGCUAUCUUGGCCCUACUUUGCUUUAGAACGCUCCUCUAGAAAAAAUAUUUAUGAAAGCACAAUAUAUGCAAUUUAUAUUUAUUCAACUUCCAACGAGGGUUUUUAAAACAUGAUCGGUUCACACACAGUAGCAAACUCCCGGGCUUUCAGCCUGGAUUGAUGAACUUUUAUUUAGAGUGGCUUAUUAAAUGUGGGAGUGGGAGGAAUUGGAAGGUCGAAAGGUAUCCAGAUUUGGAUCUUCUUGGCAAAACAGAAAUAGCUGUAUUUCUUAAAAAGAGUCAUCAUGUAUACACUUGGGGUCUUCUUUUAAGCCUGCUAUGCACUAAUUUGAAAUAGCUGGGCUGUGAAUACAGUAUGCUUGGGUUCUUUGACUUAGAACAGUGUCAUGAAUAUUAAUUGCAAAAGGGGAACACUCAUUUUUAACAUCUGCUCAUGCUUAAUAAUCAGGAAUUGAAGGUGCAAAUGAAAUACAGAGGCUCCUGUGAGCCCUGAAUUCCUAAGUUGUACUUUUUUAAAUUGUCACUGGACCUAGUCUUGUGGACUAGAGACAUUAGAAGUGAGCCAAUUGGUUUUAUAUCAGCAUUGGGAAAGUACGUCCUGAACAUUUUAAUAGGCUGGUAUUAUUACAGGCUUCCAUCAUAGUGAAUAAUGACCCUGCCGUUGAAUUAUCUUGGUCAAAAGUUGAGUGAUAUACCCAGUGGUGGGUUUCAAAUAAUUUAACAACCGGUUCUCUGCCCUAAUGACCAACUAGGUAGGCAGGACUUGGUGUUGAUGUGACUGGGUAGGUGUGGCCAACUCAACAUCACUCACGUCGAUCGGCGCUUCAUCUUAGCUAUUACAAUGUAA